AUGUCUCUUGUUGCCACAGGUUCCCUGGAAGUGCAGAUGGCAGGGAAGACACAGACGGUGUCCCUGAAUGACAAUGUCACCAUAGCCUGCAUAAUCCCUGGCUCUCCAUACCUGGAUACCACAAUGAUGGGGAUCAGGUGGUUUUGUACGAGUCAGAUGUCUAAAUCAGAGAGCAUGGUGUUUGAGUUUCAUGGAGAUAAUCUAAAAUCAUCUAGACCCGGGGCCAUGGUGUCUCCAACAGGGCUGAAGAGGGGUGACGCCUCACUACAGUUGCCUGAGGUCCAGUUGAGAGAUGAGGGAGAAUACCGAUGUGAGGUGACAGUUACCCCUCAGAAGGCAGAAGGCACCAUCUUGGUAAAAGUUGUGGCUUUGCCACACAGCAAAUUGUUUGAAGAGAAGCACACAGUGAAUAAUAAUGAAGAAACAUAUCUUAUAUGUGAGGCAAAUGGGUUCUACCCUCCCAACACUAAUAUAACAUGGGAGAAAAGGCUCCCAAAGGUUCCCCAGUUUCAAGAAGUCACUAAGGACAUCACCAGGAGUCCCUUUCUCAAGAAUGAAGAUGGUACAUUUAACAUUACCAGCAGCUUGAACAUAAAGUCCUCUGGGGAAGACUCUGGGACUACCUACCAGUGUGUGGUAUGGCACAUCUCCUUGGAUACUCCCCAGAGGUACAACAUCACACUGAAUGGGACAGGCUUCAGGUCUGUCAACCACUAUUGA